AUGGGUCCAUGCAGAUCAAUAAAUAAUGGCACGAACGUUGAGAUAAACCCGUACAGCUGGAACGAAGCCUCCAAUCUACUAUUCGUUGAUCAGCCUGUCGGUGCGGGAUUCUCUUAUGGCAGUGACUAUUUGAGCUCCACGGAAGAAGCAGCUGAGGUCCUUUACAAAUUCCUACAGCUCUGGUUUGAACAAUUCCCUGAAUACUCGAAUCUAGAUUUCCACAUAUUUGGAGAAUCUUAUGCUGGCCAUUACGACAGUCCACUGCUCGACGCAGUCAUUCUCGCAAAAAUGACUGCAAAUUUUCCCACGUGUCAAGCGCUGCUUCAAAAAUGUGCCAACACGAAUUCACCCAAAGAUUGCGGAGAUGCUGGCAAUUAUUGCACGGAAAACUUCACCGCAUUGUUUGCCGAGAAUUCGGAUGUCAACGUUUAUGAUGUUAGAACUUUAAACUCUACAACGCUCACUUACCCGUCACCAGAUUAUAACAAUUAUUUGGAGUUGCCAAGUGUACUAAAAGCAAUUGGCGCAAAAGUGAAUUACACUGAAUGUAAUGAGGUCACCCAUGACUACUUCGUUCUGAAAAGAUCUGACGAGAUGGGAGGACACGGUGUUUCUAAAGCCAUCCAAUGGGAGCACCAGAGCAAAUAUAACCGUGAACCUCUUAAGGAAUGGUUUUUAGGCGAUCAAGUGGCAAAAGGGAAAAUCCAAUCUUAUGCUUGCUUAACAUUCGCUUCGGUGUAUAAUGCAGGUCACGAAGUGGCAGCCUAUCAACCAGAGGUUGCUCUAAAAAUGUUUACGCGUUGGAUUAACAAUCAAGACUUAUAA